AUGAAGAUCGUCGCCCUCGACGUCGUGGACUGGCGCUACCCGACGUCGCUCAACAGCGACGGGUCCGACGCGGUGCACAAGGACCCCGACUACAGCUGCGUCUACGUGACGCUGCGCACCGACGGCGCCCUCGACGGCUACGGCCUCACGUUCACCCUGGGCCGCGGCAACGAGGUCGUGGCGACGUGCUGCGAGAGCCUCGCGCCCCUCGUCGUCGGGCUGGACCUGGAGCAGGACGUGCUCGGCGACCUCGUCGCGUUCCAGCGCAAGCUCACGCAGGACGGCCAGCUCCGGUGGAUCGGCCCCGAAAAGGGCGCGCUGGCCAUGGCGUGCGGCGCGGUGCUGAACGCGGCCUGGGACCUCGCGGCGCGGCGCGCGGGGCUGCCGCUCUGGGAGUUCGUCGCGUCCCUCGAGCCCGAGGCGCUCGUGGACAUGAUCGACCUCAAGCACCUGAGCGACGUCGUCACGAAGGACGCCGCGCUCGCGUUCCUGAAACAACGGCGGCCGGGCUGGCAGAAGCGCGUCGCGGAGAUGAAGCGGGACGGCUACCCGGCCUACACGACGAGCGCGGGCUGGCUCGGCUACCCCGAGGCCAAGGUUCGCGCGCUCUGCCGCGAGUACGUCGCCGCGGGCCACCGAUACUUCAAGAUGAAGGUCGGGUCGCCGGACCCCGCGGACGACGUCAUGCGCGCCCGGGCCAUCCGCGAGGAGAUCGGCGACGACCGCGUGCUCAUGAUGGACGCGAACCAGAAGUGGGACGUGCCCGAGGCCAUCGCGAACAUGCGCCAGCUCGCCGCGUUCAGGCCUUUGUGGAUCGAGGAGCCGACGCACUGCGACGACGUCGUCGGCCACCGCGAGAUCGCCCGGGCCCUGCGGCCCCUCGGCGUCGGCGUCGCGACGGGCGAGGUCGCCCAGAACAAGGUCAUCUUCAAGCAGCUCCUCCAGGAGGACGCGAUCGAGUUCUGCCAGAUCGACUCGUGCCGCAUCGCGGGGCCCAGUGAGAUCUUCGCCGUGCUCCUCAUGGCCGCCAUGAAGAACGUCAAGGUCUGCCCCCACGCCGGCGGCGUCGGCCUCUGCGAGUACGUGCGCCACCUGUCCAUGAUCGACUACGUCUGCUUCUCCGGCGACCUCGAGGGCCGCGUCUGCGAGUCGACGACGCACCUCCACGAGUUCUUCGAGGACCCCGUCGCCUUCGCGCCGGGGCCCGACGGCGCCGUGCGCUACGUCGCGCCGAAAGCGCCGGGCUUCGCCAAGUUCGAGGCGAAAUCCGCGGGCGCGUGGGCGUUCCCGCACGGCGACUCCUGGCGCGACGCGGCCGCGGUCGGAGAAAAACUUCACGCGCGCGCGCGCGCCGCCGCCCGGGCCGAGGGCGACAAGGCCGCCGCCGUCUCCGAGGACACGCUCGCGGAGAUCGACCCGCGCGCGGUCUACGUCCUCCAGGCGAAGUGCGUCUCCGUGCUCAGCCGCGCGGCCGCGGCGUCCAAGAAGCGCAAGGCGCCCCCCUAG